UGCACAUGUUCACAACUUACUCGACUCGGAGGAGAAGAAGGACGAGGUCUUUCUCUGCUUCUUCGCGGGCGGCCCGUCCGGGGCCUCCGCGAAGAUCUCGUCGCCGACCCGGAUCUCGCCCUCCUGGACGACGCGGGCGAACCAGCCGCGCUGCCCGGGCCCGGUGUCUUGCCCGAGCGGGCCGUUCCACGCCGUGAAGCCGUGCGCCAGCCUCGUCGUCUCGCGCGGCCACCCGGGCCACCGCGCCUCCGCCGCCGCGAGCCGCCUCCAGAGCGGGGUCAGGUUCGGGCACGGCUCGUUGAAUUGGGUGACGACGCACCUGACGCCGCCGAUGGACAGCCGCAUGCCCACGGCGAGCGACAGCGAGUUCUCGCCGCCGACGCCCCGCCAGGUCACGUUGUCGCCCCCGAAGCCGGGCUCGACGAGGCCGCCGAAGCCCUCGCCAACGGCCGUGCACAGGAGCGACAGCGCGCGACGGUGGCGCUCGUCGCCCACGACGUCCCCGGAUCCUUUUGGGGAUUUUCUUUUGUAGGCGUUCACGUCCUUGCGGCCGUCCAGGGUCUCGCAGCCCGUCGUGGUCACGCGCAGCGCAUCAUACUUGGGCUUGUGGGCGCCUUUUUUAUUUUUGACCUUCUCGCCGCAGCUCAGGACCUCGACGCGCCCGAGGAGCCUCCUGUCCGCCUCCAUUGGCAGAUCGAUGCGACGCCGCCGGUUGUCCACACCCAAUGCAAAAUGGCACGCGCGGAGAUCGGUCGGACUAUAUUCAAAAAAUAUUUGUGCUGGAUAUCCGCAGCAAUGCGGUCCAAAAACACGAGAGCCGAGGCUGCCAGGACAUGGACGCGGUGCUGAUACCUUAUGGUAAC